AUGGCUAUAUAUGAUGGAACCAGUUGCAUGGAUUCACAUUUCAGUCCAAGUCCUUCUGAGGCACAUCCUGAGACAAUGGAUUUUCUUUCCCUUGCAUGGUGCAACUUUGCAGUUCAAGCUUUCCAACCAGAGCAACAAGACCAAUCUGUGGUUCUACUAGACGAUCCGAUUGUGAAGUUUGAGAGUCACAAGGAGGCUCCUUACAUGGUAGACCCUACGAAAUUUCAUAAGCUUUCCAACUUUGCACAGAUGGAUGAUGCAGAUCUCAAGCCUCCACCACCUUGGAAAUCCAAUGAUGUGAAGUCAUUUAUAUGGAUGCAACAAGCAAUGCAUCCAGAGUUGAACUACAACAGUUUUUUCCGGAAGAAAUGGAUGUCUUGGAAGAUAGUCCCAUUUAAGAAUAUGUCAAUCAAGAAAUGGCUAAAAGAUAUUAAGGAAAGGCGAAAAGAGGAACACAGGUUGCAAAGAGCUGAAGUCCAUGCAGCAAUAUCUAUGGCAGGUGUUGCAGCUGCUCUUGCAGCCAUUGCAGCUGAAGGCUCAGACAACAAUGGCUCAAGCACUGCCAAGGAAGCCGCAGUGGCUUCUGCAGCCGCGCUAGUGGCGGCGCAGUGUGCGAAAGUUGCAGGAGCAAUGGGGGCAAAGAAGGAGCAGCUCAGCAGUGUGAUAGGUUCAGCCAUGACUAGUACAAGUGCAAGUGACAUCUUAACUCUAACAGCUGCAGCUACGACAUCAUUGAAGGGAGCAGCUACAUUAAAAGAAAGAUCAGGAUGCAAGAACAGACUAAAUGGGGCUGCACCAGUGAUGCCGAUCGAGGACAACCCGGAGGUUGACUUCGACUUUGAGAAGUAUAGAUCAAUGCUUGCAAUAGGUGCCCAGCUCAGCAUUGAAACACCAGAUGGGAAGUACGUGGUUAGAUCAGUGUCUGUCAUCCUGAACAGUGAAGCCAAGGUUGUUCUUAAAAUGAGGAAGCUGAGUCUGUUAAAAAGCAAGAAGGAAAGUACCAUACUGGACAUGCAUGCGGAGCUGUACAAAGAUUCAGAGGCAGCAGAUGAGAAUGGCACGGGUUAUCUUAUCGUAUUAACAACGAGUAGGGGUACAUUCAAGCUAGACAUGGAAGACGACUAUCAACGUUACAAGACAUGGGCCACAACCAUUAACCAUAUGCUCAUGGUUUCUACUUCAUUUACGAAAUAUCAUCUUCAAUUCUACAAAAAGUAG